AUGACUACCACUGUUACCUGUUCAUUACUGGGGAUCCUGAUGCUGUUGAUUCACGUACGGUGUGAGAAAAUAUCACCAAAACCAGGACAACUGAAAACAUUCAUGGAGGAUUACAACAGUGUGGCAGAAACUUGUCGUUCCCUUGGAUUUGUCAGAAAAGAUUAUAAAACUGUUGCAGACAAGGCGAAAAAAUAUGCAUGCGAACCGAUGGUUGCCUUUGACGUCAUAUUAAAGAACUCUAAAAGUAAUCUUGCUACAAAAACAAAGAUAGUGUUCGAAACGGUUGACUUGAACGAAGGGCAAGGAUACAACGCUUCCUCUGGUAUCUUCACUGCGCCAUAUGGAGGACUGUAUGUGUUCGACUGGGUAGCUUCAGGCUGGAAAGGCCUCCCAUUCACAGCUCUCGUAGUAAAUGGUUCCUCUAAAUCAUGGAAUUAUGUUCGUGAUGACAAAUUCAAUGCAUGGAUUCGUUAUAGGAAGACGACGGUUGUAAGGUUAAAUUACGGUGAUAAGGUUUGGAUAGAGGUCUCCCAAGGACCAGCAGGCUUGAAUAAAAAAUACACUUCGUUCUAUGGUUAUAAACUAUAA